AUGUCUUCCAAUCACACCAUGGGAACCCUUGCUGUGAAUGGGGGCACGGCAUCCCUCCCAAUUCUGCGGGAGACGGUCAACACCGUCUCCCAGGAGUGUCCCACCCGGCUCGGACUGACGGCCCGAGAGAUUCAAUUGAAAGCCCCAAGCCUGGAUGUCUUCUUCGAUACCAUUGCUGCCGAACGGCUUCGGCGCAUGCCUCCGGAUGGAAGUCGCCUGGAUGGCGCCUUGCGGCGCGCCUCGCGCCUCGCCGUCGCUGUCGGUUCCUUGCGGGACUCGGUUCACAGCUUCAUGGACGGGGCUGAGGAAGCCACCCAGAUGGUCUGGGGGACUAAUCUGCUCCUGCUUGAGAUGGGAAUUGAUCAUAUCGAUGUUCUUGAGAGCCUUUUUGGUCGCUACGGUCGCGUCACGAUCGGAAUCUCGCUCUUGCUCCAGCAAGAGACCUUCUUCCCGGUUUCUCGCCCCCUUCAACAACAGGUGGCUGAGAUCUAUGCCCAUUUGCUACAGCUGGUGGUUCAUGUCACCUCGGAAUAUCGUCAGGCCAUCCGGACGCAGCAUUGGCAGACGAUGAGUUCCGCCGUGGAUGUUGCGUUCUUCCGCUACACCAAUCGGUUCAUCACCCAUUGGCGGCGCAUCUUCUCUCUGGUCCUGGAGUCAGGCACUGCGAAGCAACACACGACCGUAGACCUGCCUGCUAUCUACCAGUUUCUGGAGCUGCAGGAUCGUCCGUUGCAGAUGUUGCUCGAAAGUCACAAUCAUUCCUUGGCGGACGGCUCCUUCUCCUGGUUCGAGCCCCAUCUCACCACCUUCGCCAUGGGACGUCGUAGCAUGAUGAUGAUCCGGGGCAACCCCGGCUGCGGCAAGAGUGCAUUGGCCCAAUGGACAGUGGAAAGGCUCCAAGCCUCCUCAGAGUAUGACAUCUGGAACGUCAUCCCGGUCGCUAUCCGAUCCGAUGUGCCGAUCUCCACCCUGACACUCAGUAUCCUCAAGUGCAUCCUGAUCCAGAUGCUCGACCAUUGCGUGAGCAGUCGCAAGACCCAGGAUGCCAUUCUGGUCGCCGUGACAAGCGCUCUGGAAUUGGCCGUGUCCGGCGCCUCCGAUCCGCAGGUGGAAGGCCAGUUGUGGACCGCGAUCCGCACGGCCGUCCAGUCCAACCUGCACUUCAUGCUGGUGGUCGACGGGUUUGACCAAAUGAAACACGCAGAGACCACAGUCAGCGCGUUCUUGGGUCUGCUCCAAGACACCGUUGCCCAUACCCCGUCGAAACUGAUCAUCUUCAGCCGACCGAUGUCGACCGACCUGCUGCCGAUCCGGGAGACUACACGCACCCACCAGAUCGCUAUGAAUGCCGACACGACCCUCCAGGAUCUCCAGGAGGCAGUCACGGACAUCAUGCUGUCUGACUCGUCCUUUUCCGGUCUGGAGCCCUCCCAGCGCGAGUCCCUUACUAGAUCAAUUGUCAAGCGCUCCCAGGGGUGCUUCGUAUGGGCACAGUUGGCCGCAGAGGCCAUCCGUCACCAGACGACAUACAAUGACAUGACGGCCGCCAUCGGAAAGAUGCCCAACACGCUGGGAGACCUCAUUGAUCAUCACCUGCACAAUAUCAAUCUGAACCGCGUGGGGACGCAGAGCCUUCUGGCCUGGUUGGCCGCCAGUGAGCGGCCAUUGCGCGUGCCGGAAAUCGAGCAGCUGCUGGCCGUCGAUCUCAAAACCCUCAAGGUCGCACAUCGGGUCCCCAACGUGGAGCGUGAUGUCUUCCAGCCGCUGCACCGGUUGGUCGCAGUGCGGGAUGGCUUUGUUUCCUUCCGCCACCCCAUGAUUCGCGAGCAUCUUCAGGCGCGAGCCCAGAUGCGUCAAGAGCUUCCGUUCUCUCUGGCGGACGCUCACUACGAUCUUCUGAUCCGUUGUCUGGCAUGGGUCCGUCGCUCCGUAUCCGAUGAGAUCACCGUCUCCUGGGACAAGAUGAACGUUGAUGUCCGCGACCGCUAUCUGGACGCCUAUGUGCUGCUCGAGUAUACCGCGCGGUACUGGCUUUCCCACAUGUUGGCCUCGCCCAUGGCUUCGUCGGACCGGGAGCUCUCGUUCCCCACGUCCUUCCGCCGCGCUCUGCCCGAUACCGUGCUGUUUGCACAGCUGGAGCUCACCAAUCGGGAGUCGCAGUUCAGCCGGUCGAGCAUUAUGGAACUGUACCGGCUGUCGGUCGGGGUUCGUCGUGUCGUUCUGGGCAGCGACUCCCCCGCCGUCCUGCAGAGUCUGAUUCUGAGUGCUCGAGCAUCAGAGAAGGCGCAUGCCUCUUGGGCCAACGAUCACAUGUACCAGGCGUGGACUCUGAGCCGCAGCCAGCUGGGGACCAGCAGCACGAUCACCCAUGAUUUGGAACAGAUGCUGGUCGCCACACCGGAGGGAGCUGGUCGCGCGGAUCGCGCCGCCGGCAUGAAGACCGACACCCUGCGGGACAUGGCCCUGUCUGGAUGGGGCUCGUCCGACAUCAGCUUCGCUCAGCGGCUCCAGUAUCUCGAUCGACUGGUCAACACGUACCAGCAGAACCAGAAAAACGAUGCCGCGUAUGAUGUGUCGAAGACCUUCUACCGUCAGACGGUAAAAACCUACGGUGCGCACUCGGCGGAGACCAUGCAAGCCGCCGACUUCCUUACCAAGCACUUCGACAUCACCCCUCCCGACGAGUUGGCACUGGAACUGGCUGCCACCAAGUACGAGACGAUGCUGCAGUCGAUGGAUGCGACCGACCCGCGUCGUGUUGCGUACUCACUGUAUCUGGCGCAGCUGUAUGAGCAGUAUGGCCAAACGGGCCGAGCCGAGACGGUGCUGUCGCGGUUGUGGACCGGACUGUCCCUCCGCGACGUCGACGCGACCACGGCCUGGGACCAGAAAACCAAGGUGGCGUUUUACUACUCGCAGUUCCUGCGCCGCCAGGGUCGCUCGGACCAAGCCACGACCAUCCUGCGGGAGCUCUCUGCCGAGCUGGAGGCCGAGGGCGGCAUCAAGUCUCCGGAGAUGGUGAAACGCGCCGAGGAGCUGCGUGGCGAAGCGCGGGAAAUGAACCUGACCGAUAUGGACCGCGCACUUGCACUCCAGAUGUGGAAGUAUUACCGAUCCUCGGGACAGCAGUAUUCCCCCCAGGCUGUGUCGCUGGCGGAAGGGCUCACGGAAGGGAUGAUUCCGAGCCACGAUGCCACUGCGGCCGAAACCGAAUACAUCCUGGCCGCGCUGUCGCCUGAGGACCACGAACUCUUGCCCGGCUGGAUGGAUACUCUGGCGUCUGCUGGUAGUGAGCGCGACAUGGUGUCGAUCCUGAUGCUCUCCCACCAGUUGUCCACGCGAUGCAUUCGAGAGGAGGAGUGGCGCCAGGGCUCGGAUUGUUCCUGGGCGGUGCUCAAGCAUGCCUGGCCGACGGUUGAAGAUCCCCAAGCCAAGGCCAAAUUUUCUUCUGAGCUGUCCCCACUCAUGUCCAGCAUUGCCCUGGACUACGCUUAUUGUUUGUUCCGUCGCCUGGACGUGGCGACUGCUUCCACUGUCUAUGGGAAUGCCUUCAAAGCAUCCAUCACUGCGGACCAGGUUGCGGUGCCGGCCGUCACUUCCGUGACAAAGACCGUGGUGGAAUUCUACGAGACCACAUUUCAGUUUGACAAGGCAUUGGUGCUCCUGCAUCAGGUCAGCGAGUUCUUCGCGUCGCGCCUGGGGUCGCACGACAAGCACACGUUGGACAGCCGCUACUACGAAGCCGAUCUGGCUCUGCGGCUGGACCGGCGGGUGGAGGCGGAAGAUAGCUACCGCCACAUCUACAAGGCCUGCAUUCGCGAUGGCAAGAUUUCCUCGUCCGGUGUCCGUGCCGCCGUCGCCCUGGUGACUUUGUACGAGCAGGACAAGAAAUGGGAUUCUGCGCUUGAGGUCUACCGCCACCUGUGGCCGACGCUGGUGCGCUUCGAUGAAAAGGACGGCUACGAUCGUGCUUUGCUGGAAGGCCUGCUUCCCAAGACUUACACAGGGUACAUGGCGAUUCUGGAGAGCACUUCCCGCGAGGCGGGCUACGCGGAGCGCCGGCAGGUUGCGUCGCAGCAUCAGCAGCUGUGCCGUAAGCUGUAUGGACCUACCAGCAGUCGGACACGCGAUGCAACUAUGUAUCUGGCUGCGCUCUGUGCAAGCGACGACCGGCAUACCGGCGAGGCCAUCGAUCUGUACCGACAGGUGCUCAAGACCAACGACUGGGUACCUGCUGCGGAGGCCUCGCGCUCCCUGUCGGACAUGACCCAGCCGCUGCCGAUGGACAUUAAGCACCGCAUGGCCCAGCUGCAUAUGCGCAACAAGGAUACGUCGGCACAAGCCAGCGCCUUGUACAAUGAAGAGCUUGCGCUGUGCAAGCAGCAACAGGGUUUGUCCGCUCCGACCACGCUGAUGUGGCUCCGUGAGAUUGCCCGGAUGUAUGCUCUUCAGGAUAACGUCGAGUCCCGCCGCAAGGGAGCCGAUCUGCUGAAUGAACAUGUUGACGAGGUAGUUCACGUCACUGCCAACCAUGAUGCCCUGGUUGACCGGGCCCGUCAACUUGCGGAAAUCUACCUCGAAUGUGGGUACACCACUGAAGGGUGGCAGCUCAUCGACAGCUUGCACCAGCAGGUCAUUCAUGAAACCCCAGCGGCCCAGCGGCAGAACCUCGACGAGUACCGGCCGGCGGUGUUUGUGGCGUCGUUCGAAGAGGUGUUUGGCCGGACGCGCACGGCUCGCCAGAUCCUGGACGACCUGUCUCGCGAGGGUCGGGUGUACAGCGUGUUCCAGCAGAGCCUGGCCAGCCAUGAUCUGAUGCCCACGCUAGCAGCGGGUGAGAAGCUGCAUCGUUUGCAGACGGAGCAGAAGCGCGCGGCGGCUGCACAGAGCACCCAGGACCAGCUGUACGAGUACUUUUGCAACACGCUGUCGGUGGCGCAGCCGCUCCGGCAGAAGGAUGUUGUUUAUCAAUUCUAUUCCAUGUGUCGACGCGAGUCGCUGCACGAUGACUACAACAUCAACCUUGUAACGCAGACGACCAGCAUGGUCAAGGAUCUCUGCAACCAGUCUCGGUUCCAGGAAGCUGCCGACGUGACUGGCGUGUUCCACUCGUUCGUCCAUUUGACUGAUGGGCUGCGUCUGAUGGAGAGCAUCUUUACGGCGAUCAAACUGUGCUUGUACCUCAACGGCUACCAGGUGACCAAGUGCAGUGACGCCACCACGGCCAAGGCGAUGUCAUUGGAAUCGCAGAUGCUUCUGCAGGAAAUCAUGGCGAAUGCGCAGGAAAGCUCGAUGGAAUUUUCCGAUCUUCCGUUUGAGGAGCUCAACGAUCUUGUGACGGUUCUGGGCGAACACGAAAUGUUUGAAGAUCUCGAGGCUAUUCUUACCGACCUCUGGACCUCCCGGAUUGUGCAAAAGACAUGGACGCUGCCGGCCGUGGUCUGGAUUGGUCGACGACUCGUUGAGACUCGGUUCUGUCGGGGGCAUGUCACGGCCGCCACGACGUUGGGCAAGGAUAUUUGCUACAACCUCCGCCAGGUGUGGGGUAACUCGGAUCCAGUCACACUGGAGAUGAACAAGUUGCUGUCGGGACUGUACACGGCGUCGGGGAACAACCUCGCCGCGGCGGCUCUGCACGAGACAGCACUAGCGGAGCUAUUGAACGACGAGACCGACGACCAGACGGCGGCAGUCAACGCCGUCACGCAGCAUCUGGAACUCCUGCAGCGAGCCCAAUCGCGACUGGCCAAAGAAGGCCAGAGUGCCGCAAUCGAUGCGACCGCGGCGCAGGAACGGGUACAGCAGAUUGCGACCAAGUUCGGACUCUCGUCCGCCAAGCUGGAAGCGAAAUCAACGUCCACGGCCGACGAAUCGGUAGGAAUGUGGGAACGGCCACGCCGCUUCAGUUUGGACGUGGAAGAGGCCGCCAAGCACUCGAAUCAUCUACGCCAGUCGAGUGGAUCGGCCUUGUUGACGGGCAAUGCGGGGGCCAAACGGCUGUCCAUUACGGCGUUGUAG